GUGUUGUAACGUAUUAGUACUGGCAGCCCCUAACAGUGAUGGACAACAGGCAGACAGAUGUUAACCUGGACCUGGCUGGUUACUGCUCUCCUCUGACAGAACUACUCUCCUUCUAACUGAGACCAGCUCCACAGAAUGCUGAGCCCCAUUGCCCCCUAUAAGCUGGUGUCCAUGUGGUCAGAGCAACAACACAUCCCAGAGCUGGUGUCCAUGUGGUCAGAGCAACAACACAUCCUAGAGCUGGUGUCCAUGUGGUCAGAGCAACAACACAUCCCAGAGCUGGUGUCCAUGUGGUCAGAGCAACAACACAUCCCAGAGCUGGUGUCCAUGUGGUCAGAGCAACAACACAUCCCAGAGCUGGUGUCCAUGUGGUCAGAGCAACAACACAUCCCAGAGCUGGUGUCCAUGUGGUCAGAGCAACAACACAUCCUAGAGCUGGUGUCCAUGUGGUCAGAGCAACAACACAUCCCAGAGCUGGUGUCCAUGUGGUCAGAGCAACAACACAUCCUAGAGCUGGUGUCCAUGUGGUCAGAGCAACAACACAUCCCAGAGCUGGUGUCCAUGUGGUCAGAGCAACAACACAUCCCAGAGCUGGUGUCCAUGUGGUCAGAGCAACAACACAUCCCAGAGCUGGUGUCCAUGUGGUCAGAGCAACAACACAUCCCAGAGCUGGUGUCCAUGUGGUCAGAGCAACAACACAUCCCAGAGCUGGUGUCCAUGUGGUCAGAGCAACAACACAUCCUAGAGCUGGUGUCAAUGUAGUCAGACCAAAGGGAAGGGACAGAGAGAGGAUAGAUUAUAAAGAGGGAGAGAGAGAGAAAGA